UCGCUGGAAAAAGCCGCGGCGGGCAUAACGCGUCGGUGCCGGCCGCGAACGCAGAGUCUCGUUUACAGUUUUGCGAGCGCGAUCCAACUUCGGUCGCGGCGAGUCAACACCGCGGUCAGUGUCAUCGUGAAACAAGCUACGGGUAUCGGCGAUAAUGCUAUUGUUGUGAUAGCGGUACCCACGACGGCGGUGGUGGUGGCGGCGGUGCUUUAAGUGGCGGGAGCGAGAGAGAGAAAGAGAGGAGGGAAGGGGGAGGAGAGCGAAGCGGGCGCACGGAGAGACAAGCAACCGGGCAGGCAAGUAAGCGUAGAAUAGGUGAACGCAAAGGAAGGGGCGACGAGGUGAGACGAGGACAUAAGGGGGGACGGACGGCCGCGUGAGGUUGUGUGCGAGGGCGCGAUACCCGCGCUCUCCCGAACUCGCUACACGCGCGCAUCCUCCGUCGCGUACAUACGUGUGCACAAUGGCAACCUUGACACUUGGUGAUCGUUUUUGGCGGCUCAGCGCCGCGAGAAUCGCGCGUCCGACGGUAUCGUGUCGCGAGUGAAAGUGACGACCGCGGGCGCGCCUUGAGCCAAGAGAGCGGGCAAGCCGGAACGGCGACGGCGGACCGAGAGCGGCUGGAAGACGCAAAAGUGUUCCGCGUGAAGAACGUCAACGUAGGAACGGGAUCCACGCUUCGGGAGAAAGAAAGACACGCGUCCGACCACGUCCGUUCCCGAGUUUGUUUUCGUGCGGGAACUUUUCUUUGUUUUGAUAAACGCCGAUCACGGGAUUUGCGUCACGCGAUAGUUAAUCACGAUAAAAACCAACGCGGGCAUCGAAUCGAAAGGUUAUACAAGUGUCAUCGGUCGCCGAGCAGACGGAAGAAUAUCGCGUCUUCUAACGUGAACGUUGACUUCGUGGAGGAGGCGGGUGAGGAAUGCGAUUUCCCGGGUUUCGCGAGUGAUAGCAGCUGCUGCGCUGCCGCGACCACGUAGUCUCGCGCGCACGCACGCACGCAGACGGAACAAUACACAAAGUGCGUCAUCGUCGUGUUCUGCUGCGCGUGCACGCACGCGCGCGAAGAGCAAACGCCGAUUGUGAGCGCCGGGAAUGUGAAGUGAAGAAACCGAGCGCGCUGUGCAAGAGAAACGUUUUUCUCGCGAUUCUUCGUUGUGUGUGUCAUAAUUCAUCUGUCAUCUCGUAAGGAUACGCAAAAAAAAACAAGGCAAAAUGGCACAAAUGGAACAGCAAUUACCGAUUCCAAUGCCAGAUUUAAGUACCCUUCGUAUAACCACAGCCGUUUCCAUGCUUGGCAAAGCAUAUGGAUGUGGCCAAUGUAACGCCCCCCCACCCGGACCCUCAACCAGUGGUGGUUCUGUUGGGACAGCAGGAGUAGCGGCAAGUAGUGUCGCAGCUCCCAGCAAUAUGGGGCUUGUUCCUGCACAACAGGCACACACUCCUCCUCAACCUGCAGAACUGCCAAUGUUCUCAUGCCCCCGAAGACCAAACAUAGGAAGGGAAGGUAGACCGAUCGGUCUGAGAGCCAAUCACUUUCAAAUUAGUAUGCCACGCGGCUAUGUACACCAUUACGACAUUAGCAUACAGCCGGAUAAGUGUCCUCGAAAAGUUAAUAGGGAAAUUGUAGAAACAAUGGUUCAUGCAUAUACUAAGAUAUUUCAAUCUCGUAAGCCUGUGUUUGAUGGCAGAAAUAAUUUGUACACAAGGGACCCUUUGCCUAUUGGGCAUGAUAAAGUAGAAUUAGAGGUUACACUACCUGGUGAGGGCAAAGACAGAGUUUUUAGAGUCGUCAUAAAAUGGCUAGCGCAGGUAUCUCUAUUCGCUCUGGAAGAAGCUCUGGAAGGACGAACUAGACAAAUUCCAUAUGAUGCAGUUCUCGCUUUAGACGUUGUAAUGAGGCAUUUACCCUCUAUGACAUACACUCCAGUAGGUAGAUCGUUCUUUAGUACGCCGGAAGGAUAUUAUCAUCCAUUGGGCGGAGGCAGAGAGGUCUGGUUUGGAUUUCAUCAAUCGGUGAGACCGUCGCAGUGGAAAAUGAUGUUAAACAUUGAUGUCUCUGCUACUGCCUUUUAUAAAGCACAGCCGGUUAUAGAGUUUAUGUGCGAAGUUCUGGACAUUAGAGAUAUCAAUGAUCAGAGAAAGCCACUUACAGACUCUCAAAGAGUAAAAUUUACCAAAGAAAUCAAGGGUCUCAAAAUCGAAAUAACUCACUGUGGAGCCAUGAAACGAAAAUACCGAGUGUGCAAUGUUACACGCAAACCAGCUCAAAUGCAAUCUUUUCCAUUGCAACUGGAAAAUGGACAAACAGUGGAGUGCACAGUUGCCAAAUACUUCUUGGAUAAGUACAAAAUGAAGUUGCGCCACCCGCAUCUUCCCUGCUUGCAAGUUGGCCAAGAACACAAACACACGUAUUUGCCGCUCGAGGUUUGCAACAUUGUUGCCGGACAACGUUGCAUUAAGAAAUUGACCGACAUGCAGACCUCGACUAUGAUCAAAGCGACAGCGCGUUCCGCACCGGAUCGCGAACGGGAGAUUAACAAUCUAGUUAGAAGAGCGGACUUUAACAAUGACUCCUACGUGCAAGAAUUUGGAUUGACUAUAUCGAAUAGUAUGAUGGAAGUCAGGGGUCGUGUCUUACCUCCGCCCAAGCUGCAGUACGGUGGGCGCGUAAGUUCCCUCAGUGGACAGACGAAGCAGCAAGCGAUGCCGAAUCAGGGAGUAUGGGAUAUGCGCGGCAAGCAGUUCUUUACCGGAGUAGAAAUUAGAGUAUGGGCAAUUGCUUGCUUCGCGCCCCAGAGAACAGUGCGCGAGGACGCGUUGCGCUCGUUUACGACGCAACUACAGAAAAUUAGUAACGACGCCGGCAUGCCCAUCAUUGGGCAGCCGUGCUUUUGUAAAUACGCUACUGGACCGGACCAAGUAGAACCUAUGUUCAGAUACUUGAAAUCAACCUUCUCGCAAUUGCAGCUAGUUUGUGUUGUGCUACCGGGAAAAACUCCUGUAUACGCUGAAGUGAAAAGAGUGGGAGAUACGCUAUUAGGGAUGGCGACUCAGUGCGUUCAAGCGAAGAACGUCAACAAGACAUCGCCACAGACGUUGUCUAAUCUCUGUCUCAAGAUAAACGUCAAAUUAGGAGGCAUCAAUAGCAUUCUAGUACCUAGUAUAAGACCGAAAGUAUUUAACGAACCAGUCAUAUUUCUUGGAGCGGAUGUGACUCAUCCGCCAGCGGGUGACAACAAGAAACCUAGCAUCGCCGCGGUAGUGGGCAGCAUGGAUGCCCAUCCGUCUCGAUACGCGGCGACAGUUAGGGUUCAACAACAUAGACAAGAGAUUAUUCAGGAACUUAGUUCAAUGGUUAGGGAGUUACUUAUAAUGUUUUACAAGAGUACCGGCGGAUACAAGCCCCAUAGAAUAAUUCUGUAUCGUGACGGUGUCUCCGAAGGCCAAUUUCUUACUGUUCUGCAACACGAGCUAACUGCCAUUCGCGAGGCCUGUCUCAAGCUAGAGAUUGAUUACAGGCCCGGAAUAACAUUCAUCGUUGUGCAGAAGAGACAUCACACGCGUCUGUUCUGCGCCGACAAGAAGGAACAGAGCGGCAAGAGCGGAAAUAUUCCGGCGGGCACGACCGUCGAUGUAUGCAUUACUCAUCCGACAGAAUUCGAUUUUUACUUGUGCAGUCAUCAGGGCAUUCAGGGCACGUCGAGACCGUCGCAUUAUCACGUUCUUUGGGACGACAAUCACUUCGAGAGCGAUGAAUUGCAGUGUCUCACGUAUCAGCUGUGCCACACUUACGUGAGGUGUACGAGAUCUGUCAGUAUACCAGCGCCGGCGUAUUACGCUCAUCUCGUAGCAUUCCGAGCCAGAUAUCACUUGGUCGAAAAGGAACACGAUAGUGGUGAAGGAUCUCAUCAAUCGGGCUGUAGCGAAGACAGGACGCCGGGCGCGAUGGCACGGGCGAUCACGGUUCAUGCCGACACAAAACGAGUUAUGUACUUUGCGUAAUUGUUCGCUUUACGCAGACUCAUGAAUCCGUAGAAGAAUCCAUUUCCAGCUUGCUGUCUUCGUCUUCUUUACACAAAGACAACGGAAGCUGCAAACCACAACGAGAACGACGAGCGUGGAAGAGGUUACACCGGCCGAUUCAAGAUUAUUAUGAUGGCAGUUGUGUGUCGCGCCAGAGGAAUUUUCGGACUACUUAACAAAGAGAGUAGUUAACUUCUACAGCCUGCAAAUUUUACUGUUUACUCUUUAUGUCUCUUUUUUUUUCUCUUUUUUUUUUAGAUCUAUACGACAGCUUUUUAAUGUGUGUACACGUUUGUACAGAAGGAACAAGAAAUUUUUUGAACGAUUUUCUUUGUAUAGAGUAAGUUUUUUUUUAUGAGCGGUGCUUUUUAGUUAACAUAUUCGUAGAUUAAACCGAAAAACAUUGCCCUAAUCAGGAACAUUUGUUAAGGUUCGAAUCAAGCGAAUAGAUCAACCAAAUAUUCUUUCUUUCUUUUUGGUAAGAGCCUGAGUAUAAAAAAUGGAGCGGAAAAGAGAUUGCAACGUUUCUCACACAAACAAAAAGAAAAAUGCAAGUAUCUCAUUCAAGUUUUACUAUUAGAAGAUAAUAAUAGUAUAACUUUUGGACUAAAACAAGAAUUAAAAGUAGAAUAAAAUUGAUCUUCAUAAAGUACGUUCUAAGCGGCAAAUUCAGCGAUAUUUAGUACGCUUAUUUUCCGAAGGAAAGAAAACCAUUUUUCCUAGCGUUUGGGUGGAAAAAAAAAAAAAAAAAAACAAAUAUAAGAAAGUGGAGCCAAAAUCAUUCAAGUUAUAAUUUAUAUAUAUAUAUAUUAUAUAUAUAUAUAUCGCCGUUUGCUGAGGCUGUUGUCUUGUUAUAUGUAAUAUAGUAAUUUUCAUUUUUACAUGAAAGCGAGAACUCCAUUCUACUUUUUGGAUCUCUAAUCAAGCUGCAAAAAAAUUGACACAAGAUGACAAACGAUCUGCGUGCUCUUUCGAAUUAUGUCGCAUUCGUAAAAUCAUACGACAUAGUCGUAUCGAUGUAGAUUUAAGUUUUAAGAAGUCUAAAUUUGUUUUUUUUGGACUAAGUCCAACGUACACAGUUUUAAAAACUGAUAGAAACAGUACACUGGUGGUAUUGCUAACUAACAAAACAAUAUCGAUAGCAAUUAUGGACUCCAGUGGAGUUACCAAAUGUUUGCUUCAAGUUUAAAAGGGUAAAUUAAACAUAAGUUGCUUAUAUAUUAAUUUCUUUCUCUCCCUAGUGAAGUCUUAUUGAUUUUUCAUAUCUCUUAAUGUUAGAUAAAUACAGGAAUGAUACUUUUUCCUGUCUUUGGUCGAUUUCUACUAUGUUGUCUUUUUUCUAUUAUUAUUGGAGUGAGCAUUUCGGUACAAUACAGAGUUCACGGGCGGCAACUCACAACAAUACUGAUAACAAUUCGUUUGUGCGGUUUAAUCGAGCAACAUAGACAAUUGAGGGGAAAUAACGAUGACAUAAGAAUGGAAUGGAGCAAAAAUGAGAUAUAGCAUCGAAUAGCAAAUAAGAAUAAAUUGAAUGUGUGUGUGUGUGUGUGUGUGUGUGCGCGCGCAUAAACUCUAUAUAAAGAUAAAUUUACAACAAAUUUAACAAUGUGGACUUAGUUUCAAACUAGCGAAGAAAAAGCCGAAUUAAUCUUCGCUGAUAUGUAAAAAAAAAACUGUUUGGAAAAUAGUUGAACAUAGGAAAAGUAGCCGCAAGGAAUGUUGUAUAGAGUUUGCACGAUAAUAUUUAUGUGACUUUCGUCACAAUUUAAUGAACCGGUGUUCAUUUGAGAGAAUACAGUGGAAAGUCACUCUCAAUUGUCAUAAUUGUCCAUAAUUAUAUAUAUAAAUAUACAUAUAUAUACAUAUAUAGUAUGUAUAUGUAUGCUAUACAUAUUAUGGAUGUAGAGUAGUAUGUGAAGAGAGUUACUAUCUUCUUCACUCUUGAAAGUUGCUCUCAAAUAGACACCAACAUUUCAGAUAAAAACAUAGCAUAAUGUAAUUGAUUAACAAUGAUAAGAUGGAACUAAGUAAACUUAUCAUUGUUUUUCACGAACGAGACCUUUUAUUAUCGAUUUAAUUGAUUAACUAUUGUUACUUUAAUGUUACUAAAACAUUAGAAACUUCAUCUCGCCUUACUUUGAUAUAUGUUAUAUGUUCGCACGUUGCACAUUUAGUAAUCUUUAGCUUAAGAAUCAAGUAUGCAAGAUCACACAAAUUAGAAAUGCAAGCUUUAUUCAUUAUUAUUGGCAUAACGAUACGGGGCGUUUUCGUGUAUGAAAGUAAACCGGAUAUCCGUGUCUGGUGUCCGAGAUAAGCCGAGAUAUAUUACGUCUAUUACAGAUAAAUGACUCUUGACGACUUCUAAUGUACGUUAACGUGGCAUUAGUCACUGGCUGAUAACAAGGCCUUGUAAAAUAGUGCAAAGAAAAAAAAAACAUCGGACAAAAUUUCACAUGAAAUGCAUAAAAUCAUCUAACUUCGAAAACACUUGUAACAUCAAUUACGUACUAAGUAACGUACUGACAGCCCUGAUUAGCUAUAAGAAUAUCGUAAGAGAAAAAGAGAGGGUUAUUAUCAUAAUAAGCUGUAACUAUUAAUUAGGUAUAAGAAAUUGUUUUGCUGCUAAUAAUGCCAAAUCUGAGGGAAAUUCCGUAUUUUUACUCUAAUCUUGUGUGUUUUUGUGUAGGUGAAAGAGAGAAUGUGUGUGUGUGUGUAUGUGCAAAUCUAUUUCAGUAAUCUUCUGGAACAAUAAUACAAGAAGCGAGCCUUGUAAGUCACUGUACAAUCCAGCAUGAAAAUAGGAAAAUUAAAUAUUAUAUAGGAAAUAUUAUAUAGGACAUGUACAUAGAGAGUUAUCUUAUAUAAGAUAAAUCUAUGUUAUCGAGUCUCGCACACAAUACUAUUAUUAAUUGUGACCCAUUAAUGUUAUAUAGUUAGAAUCAUUAAUAUAUGUAAAGGUGUUUUUAAAUUUAUUUAUUUUUUGGUUUUUAAUUAUGCGAGCACUCAUAAAAACUCUUGCUUUCUCAUUGCAAUCAAUCGUUUCUAUUGCAAGUCGAUCGCAGUUGUAUCCGAUUGCAAGUCAGUAUUAACAAUGAUGACAGUUUACGUCUCUCAGAUAUUGAAUAUUUUGCGAAAAAUUUCUUCGUCAAAUCACCAAUGAUACGAGAACGCAACCUGCAUUAAUGAUUCUAAUCAUGUAUCUGCUAUAUUAGAUUUUACGAGAGAUAUAACAAUAUCGAAGAACAUAAAAAAAAAGUGGCACAGCUGGACCUUAACCGAUCAGUAAUAUUUAUUUUACUUAUAAUUAAGAAGCAAACACGAAAAAUUAACGUUAAGUAUAUACUCUCGAUCCAAUCGCUAGAAGUAGCGUUAUAUAUAUAGUUAAGUACAUCGUUAAGUACAUCUUGUCGGGAUAUUAAGUAUAAAAUAAUUAACUUUAUUUUAUCAUCGGCGCGAUCAAAAAUAAAAAAAAAAGAACAAAAAAAAAAAAAAAAAAAAAAGAAACAUUCGCGCCGGGUCGGUCGCGUCGAUGAUAGCUACGAUGAUUUUUCAUUAUCUAUAAAUCUCUGUCUCGAAAUCAUAGACAGGCAUCGUAAGCACAUAGCCGGGGAUAAUAGUAGUUUUAUGUUGACGUGACUGAGGGUAACGCACCACCAGGAAUUAUUAAGAAUAAGAAGAACAAAGGAAAACAUUUAAGAUAUAUUAUUCUCGUUGUUGAAGACGCGCACGGGUACCAAAUGUGAGCAUUGAAUAAUGAUGAUAAUAAAAAAUAAUAUAAAUAAUAAUAAUAAUAAUAAUAAUGAUAAUAAUUGUAGGGCUCUUUAAAGCGUCUUAUGACUGUCGGUGAUACGCGAAGAACGAAGAAAUUAUUAUGUUUCUGCGUGCGUGCGUGCGUGCGUGCGUGCGUGUGUGUAUGUAUAUGGUGCGUGCGUAUAUGCAUGUUUAAGUGAAAUGUAGGGGGGAAAAAAAAAUGAAAAGAAAAAAGUGAAUUAGCUUCAUUACUGUGAAGGUCAAAGUUACAUAUGCAUAAGGGACACAUGAUUUAUAUUUAUAUAUCUGCAUAUAUAUAUUAUAUAUAUUACAUAAACAUGCGCACAUCACAAGUUUAUAUAGUGUAAUUAUCGUAUCUACGUAUCACAUUACUUCUUAAAACAGCUACGUUAUAUAAUAGUAAUAAUAGUAAUAAUAAUAAUAAUAAUAAUAAUAACUUUAUUAAAUGCAACAACGGCAUACAUAAAAAGGUGAAAUCGUAAAAAAGAUAAAACCAUAAAAAGAUAAAAUAAUUAAGGCAUACAUAAAAGUGAAAUCAGAAAUAACAAAAAGUUGUAGAUCUAGAUAACAAGUCUACAACUGUACAUUGAUACAACUAUAGACACAACUCAAUAAAUUGCUAUACAACUGUACAUUGCGAGGCUACAGCUAUAUAUAAUAGGCUGUUCAAAAGCCUUACCUGAGAUUUACAAUGUGUAUCUCGAAAGAACAAGUGCAUCUACUUUCGACGUUGAGUUUUCUUCAGAAGCGCGAGACGGAAACAAUUCAAAUGGGUUUUCGCGAUGUACACGCGCGAACAAGUCACGGUUAUACAUAUCACGCAAUAAAAAACCUUCGCAAUAGACAAGUUUCGUAACUUUUCGAUGUUAAUUCGCAGAGAUGAAAGUUUGCGAAUUCGUUUCGAUUUCACUUCGCCGCGAUUUUGCGCGCGAUUCGCUAGGAACGAAUUCGCAAGAAAAGAGUUUUCUCGAAAAGCGUGUGGUUUUUUUUUUUCCACGAAAUUUCGUUCGCACGCGUCGAAAGUAGAAGGUACUGAGACUUUUAAAGAUUCGAAUUUUAGCCUCCUCGAAGGUGUUGUAAAGUAUGUAAGCGCAACUAUAAUACAUCCCCUAAGUUUUACUUAAGACGAAGUAUCUGUUAUAUUAAAAUAUGCUAAAUGCAUAAGGUUUCAAAGUGUCAGCUUUAAGAGUGCCAGCAUCCAACGGAUGAGCCGUCAAUAAUUAUCGUGAAUUAAAUGUUCGACACCAGCGUUACGGGUACAGUCUGUUGUAUAAAAAUUCCGAUUUCGUCUCUAAUUCCUAAGGAACGAGCACACUCACGAGUAUGGAUGACGCGCGUAAAGUGUGCUAUACCAAUGAAAUAUUUUAAGACGAAAAGCCUGCCAAUGAGAAGAGAAAUGAGCGCGGUGAGAGUCUGGAUGAGAUAAUGAGGUAUAGACGAUCGGAAAUGUAGUAAUUUAAUAACGUCGUAUAAAAGUAACGCUUUACAUAGGCUAAGUCAACUCGUUUUGUUGUUGAUGAAAAAAAAUGAAUUAGGUUUAAUAAUACGCGAAAUGACAAAAAAAAAAAAAAAAAAAAGAGCAGAGCAAAAAACCACCGGUAGAUCAAGAUGGGUAAACUUUAUCUCUAACCGAAUGUUCAAUCUCUCGAGCCCGUGGCUACUUUUUUUUCUGUUUCUGUUUCUUCUUUUUCUUCCUCAUCUUCAUAUAUAUCCUUCCCGAUAAUGUACCCCUCUGCCCCUCUAACUUAACGUUCAAUUAACAUUUAAGAAACAGAGACGAUCGUUAACAUUUAAUUACGUAAGUCGAUCUACUGUGGUACGGUAGCUUAGGUAAUAAUGUCAUGUCUUUUAAGCGAGAAUGUGUAUGCGAAAAAAGAGAUAAAAAAAAAAAAAAAAAAAAACAAAACAAAACAAAAACCAAAAAAACAAAAAUAAGUGAUAGAUCUCAUCGCUCUGUCGAAAAGACAAUAAUGGGGCAUUAAAAUUCUUUCGUUGGAAUCGAAAUGUGAAUAUUCGACGGUUUCCAUUGCAACCAUAUCAAUCGCGUGUUAAUCCACGACUCGGUCCACACACCACGUUGUAUUGAUUUAUAAAAAACAAAAAAAGAAACAACAAAUUCUGCUUUGAAUGUUGUAGUCUCUCACAGCGGCAGCUAUCUAUUAAAAGAUUCGUUUUUUUAUUGUGUACUUGAAUAAAAUGUACAAAUGUUAUAAAAAAAAAAAAAAAAAAACUGCCGUGUCCAUUCUUCAUUAGACAGGAUUUAUAUGUUUGUUUAUCUAUUUAAAUCUUGUAAGGUACAGUUUUUGUCGCGUUAUCUUUCACGCGUGUGUUAAUCUUGUGUUUAUUGUAUUUAUUUCUGAGAUUUAUACAUCAUGUAAAUAUUUUUUUACGCGUUUACGCGUACGAAUGGUUUCACACAGAAGUAUAUUUUGUUUUUUUUGCAAACGGUUACAUUCUAGAAGAAGUAAAUUCUAUUUUACAAUAGAACUUCUGCGUUUGUGCGCCUUCAUAGACAAAGCAAUAAAUUCAUCACGCCCGCAAAUUGUAAUUUAUUUUUAAAACACACAAACGAGCCAACUGCCGUAAUGUGCUUGCCGGCAUAGUUAAAUAAAUUAAGAAAAUUCUCCAAAUUGUCGUAUAUAUGUACAUAUAUAUAUAUAUACAUAUGUAUAUCGAUAAGAGAAACAUAAAGAAAUGAUAUAUUGACAAUGUAAAUAGAAUUAUGUGUAAAUACAUAUUGAAAAAUAUAUCUUCACAAGCGAGAAUGUUAAGCGAGACGAGAACCGAUGUCGUGGAUUAACAUUCUAUUCUCCGUGUUAAGUAUAUAGAACUGAGAAUGUGACUGAUCAUAAUGAGAAUUUUACGCUCUUCUACGAGUCGGAAACAAAAGUUGGAAACGUGACCCAUUAUAUUCACUCGCGACAAGAGCGAUUUAUCAUUUAUGAGACCGCUAAAAUAAACAUUUGUUUGAUUAAAAAUAACAGAAGUUUCCGAAAGAGUGCGAAAAGAAACGGGAAAUCAGACACGGAGGAUUCAAAUCUUUGAACUUCUAAGAAUCUGUGAGAAGAUUUAGUCAAAUUUAACAAAAAAAAAAAAAAGUAAAAAGAAAGUUUUGUACAUAUAUAUAUUAGAAAAUGAAAAGUCAAAUUAAAAUUUUCAAUUUUAUCAGCUCAUCGGAAAGGUAAUUAAAAAAAAGGCUGAUAAUAUGUGUAAAUUUUCUCAAAUUCUUAAAAGUGUUGAAAAAGAUGGGGGGGGGGGAGGAAGGGGAGGGAAAAAGAACCAGAUCGCUUCCUCUGUGUUAAACUGGCUAUUUUAAAUCUUACCGAUGGCUGUAAUUACGACUCUCUCGUAGUUCGCGGAAACACGAAAAUUUGUGUAUCUUAAGAAGCCUCGAAGCAGUAAGAAUCCCACCGUUUUAGAGAAAAAUUCCCCCGUGUAAACUUUUUCCGUAUCUACAAGUGCCUGACGCUUCGUCCGCGCGUAUUUAUCGUCUACAAAUGAUGCAACAAUGCACGAAUAACCGCUUUCGAAAUUCUAAAAGGAGCGAGAGAAAAUCAGCAAUCUCGAGAGAAGAGCUUGAGCGUAGAGAAAAGCGUAGGGAGGUGGUGAAGUUUGUGUAGAUAAGUAUCAAAAAAAAAGAUCACUAAUAAUUAAUUGAUUAAGGGAUCAUAAGAAGAUGAUUAAAGUAUAGGCGGGUAAAUAUUUACUUGUUAAAGAGAAUAGUGGCCCAUUAGAAAGUCGGCGGAUUCUUGGCGAAUUCUUUCGCGCGCUGAAAGUAAAAAAAAAAAAAAAAAAACUGAUAAUGAAGUAACAC